AUGAACGGCACGCAAUCUCCUCAAGACUCGACGGGACAGAAAUCGCAACAAGGCGCUGAGCCUGCUGGAACCGCAAAUGGCGCCUCGGGUCUGAUCAAGAAGCGGAAGAAGGACGGGCUCAAGCCUAUCAUCACAACCGAGAACUCGAAUCCAGGAGCCGCUCAUCUCUCCUCGACGAUGAAUCACUCCAAUGCCUCGUCCCCUUCCCCCGACGACGCCGCCGAGAAUACAGCCGACGAAGAAGACUCGGAAGAUUACUGCAAAGGUGGCUACCACCCGGUCACAGUCGGAGAGAAGUUCAAAGACGGCAAAUACACGGUAAUACGGAAGCUGGGAUGGGGCCACUUCUCGACAGUCUGGCUGUCAAGGGAUAACAGCACCGGAAAGCACGUCGCCCUGAAGGUUGUGCGCUCCGCCGCCCACUACACCGAGACCGCCAUCGACGAGAUCAAGCUCCUUAAUAAGAUCGUCCAGGCGAACCCCAACCACCCCGGUCGCAAGCACGUCGUCAGCCUCCUGGAUUCGUUUGAGCACAAGGGCCCCAACGGAACCCACGUCUGCAUGGUCUUCGAGGUGUUGGGGGAGAAUCUCCUGGGUCUGAUCAAGAGGUGGAACCACCGAGGAAUCCCCAUGGCCCUCGUCAAACAGAUCACGAAGCAGGUGCUGCUGGGUCUGGACUACCUCCACCGGGAAUGCGGCAUCAUCCACACCGACCUGAAGCCCGAGAACGUCUUGAUUGAGAUCGGCGAUGUCGAGCAGAUCGUGAAGAAGGUUGUUAAGAGCGACUCGGGUGACAAAGACAAUAACCGGAAUGGCCGACGCAGGCGAAGGACUUUGAUUACCGGCAGCCAGCCCCUCCCGUCGCCCCUUAAUGCGACCUUCAACCACUCGUCGCUCUUUCCCUCGCCAGGUUCGCAUCAGAGUCUUGGUCAGAUGUUGCACGAAGGUAGCAUGUCGAAAGAGCCAUCACCGAGACCGGGAGAGGACAAGCAGAACCAGCGGGAGAAGACAGCGGACAUCCUUACCAAGGAGGUCUCUGGGAUCUCUCUCAACAAGUCAACGGGCGCCUCCGCGAUUGGCGAAAAGAGGAAAGCCGAGGACAUGCAUGCCUUUGAUAUCAUAAGCGUCAAGAUUGCAGACCUUGGCAAUGCUUGCUGGGUGAACCAUCACUUCACAAACGAUAUCCAGACCAGACAGUAUCGGUCGCCAGAAGUGAUCCUAGGAGCGAAAUGGGGGGCUAGCACAGAUGUAUGGAGUAUGGCCGCCAUGGUGUUCGAACUCAUCACGGGCGACUAUCUGUUUGAUCCACAGUCGGGAACAAAGUAUGGCAAGGACGACGACCACAUCGCACAAAUCAUAGAGCUGCUGGGGCCGUUCCCAAAGUCCCUCUGCCUGUCGGGUAAAUGGUCGCAGGAGAUUUUCAACCGGAAGGGAGAACUGCGCAACAUCCACCGCCUGCGCCACUGGGCUCUCCCAGACGUUCUGAAGGAGAAAUACCACUUCAAGGAGGAGGAGGCAAAACGGACCGCCGACUUCCUGACCCCCAUGCUCGAGCUAGUCCCGGAGAAGCGGGCAAACGCCGGUGGCAUGGCCAGCCACGGUUGGCUCGACGACACGCCGGGCAUGAAGAGCGUCCGAAUAGAAGGGCUGGAGGUCGGCAGUCGGGGCGAGGGCAUAGAGGGGUGGGCCAGCGAAGUGAGGAAGCGCUAA